UAUUUAUUUAUUUAUUUACACUAGAGGUACGUAGCAGUACUGCCCAAGCGGGAGAGGUUUUACAAGAGAUGGGUUAGCUACAUUUUUUUCAGGUGAUGUAACGGUCGUGCAUUAAGCACUAUUUGCAUAAUAACGAUUCUAUGUCCUCACAUGUAAUAGGAAAGAAUGACAUGAUUAAAAAAAAAACCUUCGUAAGGGCUAAUUAAGGUCGUACUACUUUAUAAUGAUUAGCGCGUGACGACUUGCGGUGCUUGAAAAAACGUAUGCAACACUUGAGAAGCCAGUUUUGUCAUGAAUCUCGUGAUACACCUCUUACAUCCCACACAUUUUAUUGUGCAAUAUAACGGUGCAAAGCAUGCCAGAAUGGUACGAAAUCCGGGGCGUCGCACUGAAGUCAUCGGCGUAAGUUUGACCAAGUUUCCCUGCUAGCACGGUCAACGCCAAUACUCUGUACCAGUCUAAAGGGAUACCGCUUCUCUUCUUUUUUUUUUUUUCCAGUGUCUCCUUAAUUAACAGUGGUUCUCACUACGCACAUGUAUUGUAAACAACGUCCCGUACAGCAUUAUAUACGUGUCGUUUCCACCAUGCAAUGUGACGUUUCCCGGCCGUAAAACACUCAAGCGAUAUGUUGUUGUGUCUUGUUGCUUCCAAGGACGCCAAGCCGCAUCCAAGUGACAUAAAAGCCGCGAUCGGGGAAUAUGAACUUACGACUUCCCAGGCGGCGCACGCUGCUGCUACUGCCGAAUCGGCGACGGCUGCCGGCGGUGCAGCGCCCCACCUGUCACCCCCGACAACGCUGGUGCCCCCAUCGUCGGUGAAGAGCCCGACGAACGACAUGGUGGCGACGCCGCUGGAGCACAACCUGUCGAAGGAGGCGCUGUGCGGUUCGAGGGCAGCCAAGGACAGCAACGACGCUUCCAUGACGGCCUCUGCACUACAGCGCGUGCUGAGCCCGCCGGGACCUGCAUCUCCGCCGGCGGCGCCGCCGCAAAAGAAACUUGAGGUGAUCAUCAUGGGCAGCAAGCCGAAAAAGUCGACGUCAUUGCAGAACCGCCCAGGAGUCGUUUCGCCCAGUGUCUUUGACGAGGAUGACGACCUGGUGUCGACGACCAGUUCCGUCAUGGCGUUCCGGGAGCGGCUUCGCGCUGUGCGGCUCGAGGUGAUCCGGCACAAAGGCAUCAUCGCGGCCGCCUCGGUGACGGCGUUCUGCUUCGCCACGUACUUCAUCCUGGUGGCCGUCCUCAUGAUCAUCAUGUACGCAGUAGCCGACCGGCCCGAGGACCGCGUCUCCGCGCGCAUGGGCUUCAAUCCCAUCAACAUCGCGGUCACGCUCAUGGCCAUGGGCGUCGGAUGCUCGGCGCUCGCACUCGCGCUCGCGUUCUCCAUCGAGGACAUUAACUGGGCCUAGGACCGCCGCCACGGGUCCGCAAAGGCGAGAAAUAAAGUGCAGCCGCGGGGUUCGAAGAGUGCGGCUCGAACAAUUCAUUGUAUGCGCCGAUGCGCAGGCCUUCCAGCGCACUGUGUUGUCUGUUUCCACUCGUCCCGUAGUCUGCGCUUUCUCGCCCUAACGAACGCAGACCAGCUAGCCCGUCUUAGAACCCUUGUGCUUCCAGAAA